UCGAUGUUAUUGCAUGGAGAGCUGUCAGUUGUCAGCAGUCAGUAGAGAGCGGCGGGGAGAGCGCGAGCCAAGAUGUGUGAUCGUAACGGUGGCAGACGUCUCCGGCAGUGGCUGAUUGAGCAGAUCGACAGCUCCUUGUACCCAGGGCUUGUGUGGGAAAAUGACAGCAAGACACUCUUCCGUAUCCCGUGGAAGCAUGCCGGAAAGCAGGAUUAUAACCAGGAAGUGGACGCCUCCAUAUUCAAAGCCUGGGCGUUAUUCAAAGGCAAAUUCAAAGAAGGCGACAGAGCGGAGCCAGCCACUUGGAAGACACGAUUACGCUGCGCCUUAAACAAAAGUCCUGACUUCGAGGAGGUGACAGAGAGAUCCCAGCUGGAUAUCUCAGAACCCUACAAGGUUUACAGGAUCGUCCCAGAGGAAGAGCAGAAGAGUAAGCUGGGGGGCGGCUGUCUGAAUGAAGGCACAGAAAUGGACUGCAGCUCAUCGGAAAUAGAGGCUUCUACAGAUGACUAUUUGGCUAUGAUUAAACGUAGUCCUUCGCCCGCUAAGGACACAUGUCAGAAGCACGUACUACAGGACUGGCUGAUCUAUAAUCACAGUGCAGGUCUGCACAGCUUAGAGUAUGCCACGUACAUGAAUGAGUCCGUCUCACCGGCUUUGUCACAGAUGAUCAUCCAGUUUUAUUACGGAGGGAAAGUCGUCAGCCAGGUCACAAGCACUCGGCCCGAAGGAUGCCGCCUGUCUGUCGCUGGAGAAAAGGCUUAUGGGAGUGAGGCCCUGGAGACCAUCCGAUUCCCGUCCGCUGACUACAUUGUCAACGAGCGCCAGCGGCAUGUCACCAAGAAGCUGUUUGGACACUUGGAGAGGGGCGUCCUUUUAUAUAGUAACAGGCAUGGGAUUUUCAUCAAGAGGCUGUGCCAGGGAAGAGUCUUCUGGAGCGGGAACUGCAUGCCAUAUAAAGACCGCUCCGCCAAGCUGGAACGUGAUGAGGUGGUGAAGAUAUUCGAUACCAACCAAUAUAUACGAGAAUUCCAGCAAUGUUACUCCAGUCAGCUGAGGCUCCCGGACAGCAGGGUCACACUGUGCUUUGGGGAAGAGUUCCCAGAUACCGUCCCUGUCCACAUGAAACUGAUCAUUGUGCAGAUUGAACAGCUUGGCCUGAAGCAGCUAAUAGACAACUCUGUGAAGAGUUAUAACACAGGAGGUCUGCAUUUACUGCCGGACCCCCAGAUGGAUCCAGUGCAACGUCUUCUCCCGGACCCCUGCACAACCCACCAGAGGGCAUUCUACAGAGAGACGCCGCAGAUUACGGUCUGACCGCACCGCUCCUCUCGAUAACUACUUGUACAUUACAGAUAUGUUUAUUUUUAUAGCAUGUUAACAAUGAUGCUUUGUAUAGUGUGAACAGGAGCACAGUGCGAUUUGUUCUGACCUGAUGGGGGCUGGACGUCUCUGUCCACACCCUAUAAUGUGCCUUGUUUGCAAGUGUCUAAUACACAUUUGCGUACUUCUGUAGAAAAGCCUCCGAUAAUUUCUGAAUUGCU